GAAGCGGCCCAGCAGCACCAACACUGUUUUCACCGGCAUGAAGCCCCCACAACGACGACGAGCUGCCCCCGUGCGCUAUCUGGGCGAGGUGACCGACACCACCGUCUGGAGCACCCGUGAGAAGCGGCAGCUGCUCCGAUUACUGCAAAUGCGGCGGGGCCAACUGGAGCCAGACGCGGCUGAGCUGGCCAGGGAGCUGCCAGGCCGGAGCGAGUCCGAGAUUCGGGAUUUCCUCCAGCAGCUCAAGGGCCGUGUGGCCCGGGAAGCCAUUCAGAGGGUGCAUCCAGGUGGCCUAAAGGGUCAAAGGCAUCUGGAAACACCGACCCCAGCUCCCAUCGAGGUAUGGAUGGAUCUGGCUGAGAAGAUAACAGGCCCGCUGGAGGAAGCCCUGAUUGUGGCUUUCUCACAGGUGCUCACCAUCGCAGCUGUGGAGCCCAUCAGCCUCCUGCACUCCAAGCCCUCCAAGCCAACCCAGGCUCGAGGAAAACUACUAGCCCUUAACACCUCUAGCAGACAGGAGAACUGGGGCCCUGAGGUGCCUGACCCCGCCCCUGAGACACCUCCUGAAUUCCUGGAUGGCCCUUCUGUUGAGAGAGACCUUGAAGUGGACUUUGAAAAGAUCUACAAGUACCUGUCAUCCAUCUCCCACAGCUGCUAUGGCCUUGAGCUUUCUGCAUCUGAGUCAGCUGUGGUCCUUGACCUGCUUAUGGCACUUCCUGAGGAGCUGCCUCACCUGCCCUGUGUAGCCCUGGUUGAACAUAUGAUGGAUACAUACCUAUACCUGAUGGCCCCCCAGUCUGACCCCAGCAGUAGGAGCCUGGGAUCAGAGGCUGAGGAUUGUGGGACUGGCUCUGGGGUGCAAGAGGAGGCCAGCCAGGCCAAUCCCCGGGCCCCUAUGAAUGCCAGGCCCAGCAAACCUAGAUCUGUCUGGCAAGCAGCUGGGGUCUGCCCUCUGAACCCAUUUCUGGUGCCCUUGGAGCUUCUGGGCCAGGUGGUCACCCCUGCAAAGUGAGGGGCCCAGCAGGCAGAGGACACACCAGCCAGACUUCUGUAAGCCUCUAGCGCUCAACUCUGCUUGGGCUAUCACUGGGUAUUCAUGAGGAAAAUCUCUGGCUUGGUGUACAGUAUGAAGUGGCCUUUAAGACAUUCCAUAUAGUAGCAGUCUUGGAAAUGGAAGCCAGUUGUAUAGUUCAGCCACAGAAUUGAGGUGGAGGCAGCCAGAUGGCUGGGCUAAAACCAUCAUCAAAUACUCCCUCCCCACAUUGGUGCCUCCUUCCUGCAUUCUGUUGCGUAUGCUCUAUAACUGAAUAAAAUUGUCAAUCUGCCUCACUUUUUUUUUUUUU